AUGUCUUCUAUAAGCUCAAAGAAACUUAUACUGGUCAUCGGCGCAACUGGUGCUCAAGGCAUCGCGGUAAUCGACAAACUCCUUGCUCCCAGCGAGGAUGGCUCACCAUCUCCCUACUUGGUACGGGCCCUCACCCGCGAUCCUACCCAUGUACGAGCGAAGAAUCUUGCUUCAAAGGGUGUGGAGCUUGUCAAAGGCCGUUUCGACGACUUCAAAGCCGUCGCAGCCGCUCUACAGGGAGCCUACGGCGCAUACGUGAAUACUGAUGGGUUCACGGUGGCAGAGGAAAUUGAAGUAUGGUCAGGAAUCCGCAUCUUCGAACUUGCCAAACAGGCUGGCGUGAAGCACUACGUCUGGAGUAACUUGGACUACUCGUUCAAGCUCACCGGCUACAAUCCAGAAUAUCGCUGUUCCCACUACGACGGAAAGGGUCGCGUGGCUGAUUUCAUGCAGGCGCAGCCUUCCAUCGUGAGCGGCAGAGAUAUGACUUGGUCCGUUGUUACAUCUGGCCCAUACAUGGAUAUGCUACAACAAGGCGUGUUCGGGCCGUUCAAUCGUCGUGCGGAUGGCACCUUUGUCUUCGCAGCACCCAUAGGCCAGGGGCAUGUCCCGAUGAUUGCGCUUUCCGACCUAGGAUUCUUUGCCAGGUAUACGUUCGACAACCGCGAGCUCACAUCAGGCAAAGAUCUACAGGUCGCCAGUGACCUUGUGGGAUGGGAUUACCUUGUGUCGACGUUCAAGAAGGUUACAGGCCUCAACGCAGUGGCCUUGUACCAGCCAAUGGACGAAUGGUUCGAAAACUUCUCGGGGACUGAGAAACACGUCGCAAACGAAGGCCCCGGGGGCGAGUUUGUAUCAUGGAAGACCAAUUUCACUGCAUGGUGGUCGCUGUGGCGGGAUGAUAUUAUCAAGAGGGAUUGGGAGUGGAUUCGAAAGGUUAAUCCCAAAGGACACACGCUGGAGACGUGGAUGAGGGCAUAUAACUAUGGGGAAACCAUAAAUUCGGGUCCGACCCUUUUGAAGAAUGUUGAGGACACAAAGUCGGUGACCAUGAACAAAGAGCGCAUCGUCCAGCUGUGA